UUGGUCAUUGUCUCAAAGAUAGGUGGCGAAUUAAAGGUAGGAGAUGAAAAAACAACGAUAACCUUCAAAGAUGUUUCAAUUGACAUUGAUUUUUCAACGUUAUCGUCCAAAAUAUCGAGCAACAAGUUCCCUCUUCAGUUUGAACUCAUCAAGCCACAAGACGGUUCUCUCGUUAUUCAGCAGAAAGCAGAAACAAUUACGAAAUUUGUUGAAAGUUAUGACCCAGAACUUGUUGUAGACAUGUACGAUAGGUACUCCAAUGACAGUUAUAGCGAUAAAAUGUCCGGAAUCAUCAGAUCUCUCGCUAAUUGUUCAAAUUAUUUGUUGUCAAAGUCAGAAAAGUUCAAAUUGACACUGCGAAAGUAUUGUUUCUCCAACAUAAAAACAAUUUACCACGCAGCAGAUGUCUAG